AAGUGCAUACACUAGAGACACCUUGUCGAAUCCCAAUGACGUCUUUAUUUACAGAGAGAGAAUGCUUCGGUAGACCCUCGUCUGGAUAUCAGGUCCAUGUGCCAAGAAUUCAUACCUGAUUGGAGGAUGAUGUUAUAUGAAGUAGCUCGAGGUAUGCCUAUAAAAGGAAAGUCAUGGCCAAGUUACUAGGAGAUACUGAGACAGAUAGCAACAUGUUUUAGAGUUCCUGAGAUUAUCUGACAAAAUGUGUAUAAGGAAAAUGCAGGGACAGACAUUAGUCACACGUUUCAUAAUCUGUCUAGUAAUUCUCUCAACGAUCGAGACAGUACAAUGUGGAUUGGUCAACAAGAAAUUAAGGAAAUUAUUGGAGCAAGCAGAAAACAAAAAGCGAAUGUCAACAACUGUACCUACAACUUCAGUUGAAAAUAUAGUGCUCAAUGAUGUUGCAGCUGAUAUUUUCGCUAAUCAAGUCCAAACGAAACACAAUUCCACAUAUACAGAUUAUAUUUCAACGGAUAUUAUACAAAAAAAUGAUACGUCUGAAAAAGCGACAACCACCGAAACACCGCCUAAUGAAACAGAUAGAGUUGCAAUGUCAUUUGAUAAUGUGUCAAAUGAUGAUAUAGCUGAAUCUACAUCAACACAAAAAGUCAAAACGACAGUGAAUACAACAUUAGCGGAAGAAAAUACAGUAAACACUACUGAGACUCAAAAUGAGAACAUUUCGGAGAAUGAUUUCACUUCAACGGAAUCUUUAUCGACAGCACAUGCAAGGGCGACAGUCAAAACGUCACCAGCGGAUGGCAAUGGCCCAAUUACUACUGAGAAUGAUACCACAACACCGGUGACGAUCAACACCACGAUUUUCAAAAAUAUAGUACAUACUAAUGAAUCACCAACGGAUAUCCCUGAUAUAUCUGAUAACAUCAUUCCAAAAAACGCUUCUACUGAAUCUAUGCUAACACCAAUAACGAGCCGGGGGGUCAAUACAACGACAACAGAACAAAACAAUAUUGAAACAGAUGAACUGUCUAAUAAUAACGCACCCGGUGACAAAAUAGAUGAUACGGCACCGAUACCAGCGAUGACGACAGUAAGUAGUGCACUAACAGGAGAAAAUGGAACCGAUGCGACUCAGUUGCAAAAUGUACCAGGGACGAAUAAUGUUACUUCAACAAGACCAACAACAACGACUGUGACCGAAGCAGCGCGUACAGCGCAGAGCAAGUCUGACAAUUCUGUUCAAAAUAACACCGUUGUUUUACCUAAGUGCAAACGCUCGGGUACCUUCAUGGUAGACACAUCGAUGGACGAAUGCCAUUUCUUGAGUUGUAAUGCUGCUAGUCGGAAAUAUCAACGGGAAAAAUGUCCAUCCAACAGGGCAGUACCAUCGUACUAUAUGAAGGGCAAGAAGAAGAGGGCGAAAGAAUACAGAUACGUGCCUUGCAUAAAACCGAGCUCAAAAUGUCGAGGUCAAAAGCCUGUUAUUGAACGCCCUGUUAUACGGAAAUGUGGAAUUGAUAUUGUUUUCGCUGUAGACGUGUCGUGUUCUAUUACCGAUUCAAAUAAGAGACAAAUCCAGAAUUUUCUGAUGAGCAUUGCUGAUGUUAUCACAAUAGGACCAGUAAGCACACGAAUAGGAAUCAUAGCUUUCGCGAAGCAGAUAUUCCACGUUGCCCUUUUAAAUAACACUCAAAAUAAAUUCCAUUACAAACGGACUGUUAACCAAAUGAAUAUGGUCCUAGAACCAGGAAGGAAUUUACGUCGAGACUGCGGGACGGCAACUAAUGAGGCGUUAAGGUCCGUCAGGCUUGAAUAUUUCACACCAAGGGGAGGUGACAGGCCAGAUAAACAAAACAUAUUAGUAGUUUUAAGUGAUGGCUUGACAGUACCUAAAGAAAACAAAAAUAAGACCCUUUCUGAGGCUCAAAUGAUUAGGGAUAUGAAUAUACCAUCUUACGUAAUGGGAUUACCAAAUCAGCGACAAUUGGAUUUGGGUAGGCGCAAUAUAUACAUAGGAGAUGAGGAGUGGUACGCCAUCGCUUCGGCGCCAGAAAAUGUUUUCAAGAUGGAAUUCAAAACAAUGUCUCGAAAGAUUGCACUUAUUGCCGAUCAAGUGUGUACGGAGGAGACAUGACGACCCCUUCGAUGUUUCAGUAUUUGCGUAAACAAUGUUGAAAGCUGGACACUACAAUUAUCGGACAAUGGAUACAAAAAUAAUGAAAAUUGGUGAAGCAUUACCCUCUAAAAGUUUGGUAACACAAAUCUCGUUUAAGACCGGCCUAGAAGAGCAUGUUUCUGUUGGACGAUGAUAACAGAAACCGUAAUGCCAUUUUGCAAAACAAUUAUGAGUGAGCAAAAUGUACCAUAAAAUAUAUACAUGCUUUACAGGCUAUCAAAUGGGGAAUCGGAGUUCUCAAAUAUUUGGAGGUGGUGUUAAAGUAUGCAGAAUCUGGACUUGCUUAAAGCGACAAUGUUCCAUAGGAAGCACGAUCAAGACCACGUGGACUUUUGUACUUGAGCCGCAUCACACAUUCAUCUAUUUACUUACCAAGAAAGUAGUCCCGAAUCACCCACUUUCAUAUGGAAUUCAUAGUAGCCCGGGCAGAAUUGUUAAAGCGUCACUUUUUCUUAGUAACUUUUUCAAUUCUCAGAAUUAUCAAAAUCUGAUUACAUAUUUGAAAACAA